AUGGAUAGUUUCAAGUACAUUCACAAACAAUAUAACAAAAGUGGAACGAGAGGUGACAGUAGCAUAAAUUCAUCAUCACACUCAUCAUCUGGUAAAAAUAUCAUUCUUUGUUUUGAUGGGACAAGAGAAAAUUUUGGACCUCAGCCGUUCACUAAUAUUUUAAAGUUGUAUAACCUUCUUGAAAACAGUGAUGGUUCUAAACAAAUUUGCUAUUACCAACCCGGAAUUGGUUCAGUUGGAUUUGACGCUGUUGUCGAUAUCAGAAGACGCCUAACCAUUUCCCACUUACAAAAUUUGUUAGAUUCUAUGUUUGCGUUCAGUUUAGACAAUCACAUAUGUUCUGCAUACCUUUUUUUAAUGAAGUAUUUUGAACCAGGAGAUAGGAUUUAUAUGUUUGGCUUUUCUAGAGGAGCUUUUAUUGCUAGAGUUCUUGCUGGAAUGAUUGAGAGAGUCGGACUGUUGAGUAGAGGUUUGGAAGAAAUGGUUAAAAUGGCUUGGCAAAUUUACGAAAAAUGGGAAUAUGACUCGCAGCCCAAUGAAUUGCAGUAUACGAGUACCUUGGCUGAAGAAUUCAAGAAAACAUUCUCACGGGAUUGCGAGGUGAAGAUACAUUUUCAAGGCUUAUUUGAUUCUGUGAACUCAGUUGGGAUAUUGAGGGACAGGUUGUUUCCUUGCACCCAGAGAAGCAAUAUUGUUGAACAUGUCCGUCAUUGCGUAUCCUUGGAUGAAAGACGUGGAAAAUUCAAGCAGUUAUGUUUCACUCCGAUGCCGUACAUUCCAAGGCUAUUUUCAUUAGCAUAUUGUAAUCAAUUAACUGACCGUUGUUCGACGGUGUCAACUUCUAAUGCACUAAUGCGUGAUCAUAGUCCCGAAAACCCUUUGAUAAAAUAUACUUUAAAAAGUGGCGCACAUUCCGUUGGUAAUCCUUCUCCACUUAUUCCUGAUAAUCAUGAAAGGUUGUUAUCAAGUAAAAGCGAGGAAACUACAGAAUUGCUCCUGGACUUGAAUUCAUUUUUAGAAGGUAACUCAUACGCAAGAGAUACAGAAUGUUCGACAAGAGGGAUUGAGGCCAUUUUCCAACUUCAAUCUAUCCAAGGCAGCGGCACCUCAAGUAGAAUGACCAUGACACCCGACUUGAUUGAAAAAUGGUUUCCAGGUGAUCAUUCUGACGUUGGCGGAGGCUGGGCACCUGACUGUGAGACAGAAGAGAACUUGUCAAAUCUAACGCUGCGAUGGAUCUUGGCAGAGGCCAUUAAAUUUGGAGUUAAAUUCAAACCUGGUUCAAUACAUGAGUACGCUACCAAACAUACUUCGAUUGGAUCUCUAUUUGCGGACGCUCAUGACUACCUUGAUUUCAGCUCGCCAAAGAAAUGUUUCCUGUUAGGUGUCACGGAUAAUGAGGAUGGAGCUCGAGAGGAGCAGUCUAGUAGAAAUGAGAGAAUGGAAGAUUGCCUAAAAAGAAUAAAAGAGACUAGAUUGAGCUUGAAAGAUGAGAAAGAAAAAAUAAAAGAUGCUUUUACUCUUAAAUGUGGACACGCAAAUAAGUUCAUGAGAUUGGUAUGGUGGGUGUUAGAAUUGCUUCCCAUUGGAAUACGGAUGGAAAAUAAAGAAGGAAAGUGGCAAAAUUUUCAUGUACCUAACCUUGGAAGAUCUCGUUACGUACCAGAAUAUGUCAGUUUACAUUGGUCAGUCUAUUGGAGAAUUAAAUUUGAUCGUAGGUACAGGCCGAAUAAUAUGCCGGAGUAUGUUAGGCAAUUGUUCCAAGAUUUGGAAGGUAUUGAUUUAAAGACUAAUAAACUUUCAAAUAAAUAUGAUGAGCAAGAUCAUAAUAAUGGGAGUGAAAUCAACAAGAGCCUUUUCAAUAAUGAGCAAGGGCAGGAACUCCGCAUGGGUCAAAAAGCAAGCUAUUUUGCGACGACCUACAAUUCAAGAUUUUUUGACAGCAAAUACUUACAAUUGAAAAAAAAAUUUACGGAUUGGAAUAGUAAUUCAUGGGCAGAUAUUCCAGAUGACUUAGAAGUAUACCUACAGCAAGAUGAAUCGCUUUAG